AUCCACAUCUAAGAUGCAUUCCUACUCUCUUCGGCUACCCAAUUUUUUUCCCCCUUUCUGGUUCUAAUUUCAUGUGCCAGGAAUAGAAGGAAAGUGGAUGAAGAUGAGCGAUUAGCAUACAUUAGCAUACGCGUCUUAAGCAAUUGCCUCAGCUGCUUCAAUUCUGACUGCUUAGUACGACUUGAUAAGGUUCAUGGCGGCAUCGAGGUGAGGUUUUCGGCCAGGCCCACCUCAAACAUUGCAACAGCGACCUGUGAAAUCCUGUUCGUCGACCGGGACAGAUAUGGACGAGGAAAUUCGAACGAUGUCGACUUUAUUGGGACAUGUCCUUCAGUGGUCCUGGUCCGUAGCCUGGGAGCCGGCCAUCUCGCUCGUUAUAAAAUAUCAUUGCUGUUGGGACCCAACAGAACGACGAGGAGGGCUGUGUGGAGGCAGUUGAUGGAGUCCUCGCAUGGCCCAACACAAUUGUGGUCAGCGUCAUUUUGUUUCUGUCCAGUCUGAGAAUUCAUGGUGACCACCAAAUCACCUCCGACGACGGAAAGGGAUCCACUUCCGCUUUGACGAUUGCUCCCAGCUGCCCAUGAUUUGGCAUGACCACUAAGGUGGACCAUUUUCCAAGUGCGUCAAGGGUUGCUCUCAAAAUCAAAAGUUCGUUGUCUUCUUUCGUAUCUGUCUAUCAGCUUCGGAGCAGAAGAUUGUACGCUACAGCUUCGAUCUGUGGAAAUUAUUCAAUUCAGGUCAUUGACUGGUUCUGCCAUCGUAAAAAACCUCUUGUUUUUGUAAACAUAAAUAAUGGAAAUGGAAAGCCAUGGAAAUAUUGGCUCCAUUUUUAUCCAUUUUUAAAAAAUUCUUUUGCACAAAUGUUUUUUAAGAGAUGCUUUAUAAGUACCUUGUAUAGCUUCUUCAAUUUGUUGAUUAAAAAGAACAUGCCAGCUGUUGUACAAAUAUAAGUACUAAUUAUUUUUCUAAGUUGGUAAUGUUCUUCUGUAGCUGGUCUUGAAUCUUGGAGAAGGCAAAGAGCUCAACUUCGUCGUGAGGACUUUUCAGUCGGAC